GGAACUCCCAUGCCGUGGAUAGAAGUCUCGUGGUAUCAUGGCGGCGGGCGAUAAACAAGCGGCUCACCGGCCUGGGUCCUUUAAACAGCCGAACAAACCACAUAAAACCGGGAGGCACCGAGGUCGCGGUGCUCAGGAUAGGGAAAACAAAGGCAGAGUUCCAGCAAAAGCCCUUGGUAAAAAGCUGCGUAAAGACCUGAGCAAGCUGGACAGGAGACACAAAGCUAACCAGCUCCGUAGACAGCGGAAGGAGGCUGUCCUUACAGAGAAGAGAAAUCUGGGCAGUAAAGAUGGGCCCCCGCAUUUGGUUGUGGUGGUUCCACUUCAUGCUGGUACACUUACCAGCAGCCUUGUGACAUUGGUACAGAGCAAUGAAGGUGAUGUGGUGUAUGAAGAUAAUCAAAGAGGUGGCAUAUUUUCUCUGGUGUGCCCAAAACUCAAGCAAAGAUGGUGCUUCAUCCAAGCAAACCGAGAUGACCUACAUUCUGUGCUGGAUCUGGCUAAGGUGGCUGACACACUCCUGUUUGUUCUUGAUUCACAAGACGGAUGGGAUAGUUAUGGUGACUACUGUCUCUCUUGCCUCUUUGCACAGGGCCUUCCAAGUUAUGUACUUGCUGUACAAGGAAUGAAUGAGCUGCCAAUUAAGAAAAGGACAGAUGUAAAGAAACAGCUGAGCAAAAUUACAGAGAAGAGGUUCCCUGAUUCAAAGCUUUUCCAAGUGGACACAGAACAGGAGGCGGCUGUACUCUUGAGGCAGAUGGCCAUUCAAAAGCAACGUCAUCUUGCAUUUCGCAGCCGUCGAUCGUACAUGGUUGCCCAGAGAGCAGACUUCCUCCCGACUGAUGAAAGUGGCCUGAUAGGAACCCUAAAGGUGUCUGGCUACGUCAGAGGCCGGGAGCUAAAUGUGAACAGACUAUUGCACAUUGUGGGCUAUGGAGACUUCCAGAUGACCCAGAUUGAUGCUCCUCCUGAUCCCUAUCCGUUGAACCCCAAAGUCCACAAGACAAAGACAAAGAAAGGACAAGAUGUGGAAAUGGAGGACAAUGCCGAUGCUAACUUGGCAGAAAUGGAAGAAGAUCUCAAAAUUCUAAUGAAAGUGGAUCCCAUGGCACAGGAUUCUUUACAGUCUGAGGUUGUCCCUGAUCCUAUGGAAGGGGAACAGACUUGGCCCACUGAAGAGGAGCUGAAGGAGGCUGAAGAUUGUUUAAGAGGAAAAGUAAAAGUUGUCCGAAAGGUUCCAAAAGGGACAUCCACGUAUCAAGCUGCCUGGAUCUUGGAUGAUGAAGAAAGUAGUGGUGAAGAGGGUAGUGACGACGAUGAUGAUAUGGAGGAGGAACAAGAUGACGCUAUGGAUGAAGCGGUUUCUGAGGAUGAUGAGGGGAGUGGUAAUGAUGAGCCAGAGGAGAGCGAGACGGUUACCAUCCCAGACUCUACCAGGGAUGACAAAUAUGAUGAGAACAUUAAUGAAGUAGAGGAGGAGCAGAUGCUUGAAAAAUAUAAGCUGCAGCGUGAAAAUGAGUUGUUUCCUGAUGAAGUGGACACGCCGCGGGACCAGCCCGCUAGAGUCAGGUUUCAGAAAUAUCGGGGCUUGAAAAGCUUUCGUACUUCACCUUGGGACGCCAAAGAGAACCUACCUAGUGAUUAUGCCCGGAUCUUCCAGUUCCAUGAUUUCUUUAGAACGAGGAAGCGUGUCUUCAGAGACCUAGACGAUGAGGGAGCAAUGGUCGGCUGGUAUGUUACUGUACACAUCAACAACGUUCCUGUCUCUGCAAUGGAGCACUUCAAGCAAGGGGGUCAUCUCGUCCUAUGUUCGCUUCUUCCUCAUGAACAAAAGAUGUCCGUCGUGAAUAUGCUGGUCAGAAGACACCCGGGCAACAGCGAGCCCAUCGAAGCUAAGGAGGAGCUGAUAUUCCACUGCGGCUUCCGGCGUUUCCGGGCAUCUCCUCUCUUUUCUCAGCAUACAUCUGCGGAUAAACACAAAUCUGAGCGUUUUCUGCCCUCCGGUGUGGCAGUGGUGGUCACUGUGUAUGCGCCAAUUACAUUCCCACCAGCAUCCAUACUCAUAUUCAAGCAGAGGGAUAACGGAAUGCAUGAUCUGGUGGCAACAGGUUCCCUUCUUAAUGUGGAUCCGGACAGAAUCAUCAUCAAGAGGAUUGUGCUGAGUGGUCAUCCAUUCAAAAUAUUGAAGAAAACGGCUGUGGUACGCUACAUGUUUUUCAACAGAGAGGAUGUGCUAUGGUAUAAGCCAGUGGAGAUGCGCACAAAGUGGGGCCGCAGAGGACAUAUCAAGGAGCCUUUAGGAACGCAUGGCCAUAUGAAGUGUCAUUUUGAUGGGCAACUGAAAUCACAGGACACUGUGCUAAUGAACCUGUACAAGCGUGUGUAUCCUAAAUGGACUUUUGAUCCUUACGUGAGUCCACCUGUAACCUGGGUAAAGAAUGAACAUACAAUUGAUCCAGCAGAAGUGGAGAUGGACUAAGUCCUUGAAUUGAUGCAGUUUAUUGACAUCUUAUGACGACCUCAUCGUGCCUUGGAAGAGACCCAUCUAUUUAUUUUGUGUGAAUGGUGGGAUGAUUAAAAAGACAAAAAAAACACAUUUUCCUUGUUUGUUGUGAUAUAAAUUUAUCUGCAACAUCA